UGCCGUGUUUGCCAAUGUGUGAUGUCCAUUUGGCGGUGAAUGCGGUAAAUGGGACGAGUACUGUGGCGUUGGUGGUAGUGACAAAGUAAUCUUUACCUGUUUCUACCGUUCGGUGAUAUUGUUUCAUGCUCAUCAAAGCUACCGCCGUUCAUCUUAGUGCACGCCAGGGCGUGAGUUAGCCUCUGUCUAGCAAGGGCUAAAUAGAAGUUAUCCCAGCCACUUAUACAAUCGUCAAUUCAUUAAAGCCAUAGCCUCUUCCCGAUUCAGAGCCGGAAUUAACAGCUGUUUUGUAAUCCCAGAGGAUCGCUAAACUAAAUAUUUUUUUGUACAUUGGAAUUCGAAAAGGAACAAUAACAACGCACAACAAAGUUAUGAUAUGAUAGCGGCGCAUUAUAACAUUUUUUGCGAUAACAUGUAAACGGGUUAAUGGGCAGAUGGAGAGCUUCUGAGUAGGGUCUAGGGAUGUAGACACUGUAUGCGUUAUACAUGAGAUUACUUUUUGAUUGCACAACUAUUACACAAUUUCCCUUUUGGAUUAUCUGCAAGAAGUAUUUAUUUAUUAGUUCUCUUGAAGUGGGAAGUUGACGGUCAUCAUCUAGAACUAUUAAUUGUUUUUACCGUCAGGAGAAUUAGAGGGUUAGUCUUUAGUUAAUUUAGCGGGUGGGAUUUUGAAGCACAUUCGGGGACCUUGAGCGGGUAUUGUCGGAAAUCGAAUUCGGCACUCCCGUCGAUAUGGCCUCGAUUCACUCAUGCACAGAUAUCUCGGACGCAGUCGAACUGGAGCCCAGUGUGGGCCUAUACCUCAAGCCAAUCUGUCGAGCCAACAUCACUUUGCUGCUUCCUGCUUCGCUCGCCAAACACUGCAUCUCGGUAUCCAAUUGGGAACUUCAGGAAAAGCUUCGCGAGGUGGCUCGUCCAAUAACUUUGGUCUCGCUCCGGGUAUCGAAGACAACAAUGGACAUCGUACGUUUCGAGGCAGAACUUUCAAACCGGCAGGAUCUCAAGCUUCUCAUUGAACGCAUGGAUACGGCUAUAAAGCUUCAAGGUUGGCCCGAAUCCGCCCGGGUGCGUUGCGGUGAAGCUAAACUAGUUUUCCCGUCUCGACAUGACUGGGAAGCUUUCUUUCGAGACGCCAAAGGCCUCGAUGAAAUGCGACCGGGCGAGCGUCCCGAUACGCUGCAUAUUAAAGGCCUACCUAUUAAAUGGUUUGCAGAACGUGAGACCUCCAGCGGAAGUUCUGACAUUCAUCCGAGUCUUACAGUCCUUCAUCGCGUAUUCAGAGCGAUUGCUGAUGUCCGAUGCGUUGACAUACCUAUCCUUGACCACCGAGACAGGGAGAAACUAAAAUCUGGCGAAGAUUCUUUUGGCAAAAUUGGAAGUUGCGAUCUUGUAUUUGAUGCCUAUGUACAGUAUCGCGAAUACGUCGGUUUCGUUAAAGCUAUGGAUGCUUUACGGGGAAUGAAGCUGCUUUAUCGACCUCCGUUGCGUGGAGAUCGAAGCGACACGGCGUCGUCAGCUUUAACGGCAAACAUCAUUGUUGAUUUCGACAAGACAGGACACCUCUCUGAUGCGAAGAUUCGUGCGCGUUCAAUGCAAAACGCGAAAACUAAAAAAAAUCUUCUUAAUGUCAUUCGGAAAGAGCAGUUAAAAAGAAAAAUGCGAGAAGAAAAAGAAGCACUAAAGAAAAACAAACUUGAAUCAGACGAAAGGCAGUUAAGGGAGGAAGCCCGCAGACUGUGUAAAAGACUUAUACAGUUAGUAGCGCAGAAAGAUUACGAAAGCAGUGCUGCAUCUGUUCGGGCUCCUAGCGCCAAAGAACUUCUCCUCAUGCAAGAGCAACAAUUGCGAGAAAGACUUCUACGCAAAAUGCACGAAAAGAAGGGCAAGAUGGCUUCAGUUGUUCGCCCUAUAGAAAGCUGAGUCAUCGCGUACUGAAGAAAAAUAUUACCCGAAUAAGCUAAUGCAAUAAUUGACUCUCUAAUAACUUGAGGGACUGUUUUAUAGAGAAGAUUUUCAUGUAAAACCCAUUCCGCGUAAUGAUUAUAUAUAUGUGUUGCCAAAGCUUCCUUGAACUUUUGGAUUUACUGCAUUCUUUAGUUUCGCCAUCUUGCUUUUAAGCUUCUGUCAGCAAAAAUUUUGCUUGUAAGCAGAUUUCAAUGUGUGAUAAAAAAAAAGUACAAAUCAAUUUUAUUUGUGGAACAUAGCUAUGGAACGCAGUGCUCUUGGCAAUUGUCUGUCUCUAAUUAAUUAGAAGAGGCACUACAACGAUUUUCAUUAUCUGUGAGGUUAUGUGUAUACUGACAUCGCGUAUUAAAAAAAAUUCUAUUAUUCUAGCCUAGUAAAUAACAAUGUUGGAUUUCUAUUUCUCUGACAAACUAACAUCAAAGUAGUGGAAGCUUUGCGAAACAACACGAGAAACAAAGAUUUAAGGCAGACACACGAAAAGCUCAACAUCAGAUUUUUUGUAUAUGCCUUUGUAUAUAAGUAUGUAAAAUUGUUAAAAUAUAACGUGUUACAUGCGAUACAAAGAGUUCAAACGAAACGUUAGAAGUUGUCUAUUAUUAUAGUUACUAUUACACCGAUAGCAUUGAUUACAUCUAGGUUGUUAACAUAUAGCGCUCCCACACGAAUCGACAAUAUUCCGACUGAAAGCCACGAAGAAACGUUUGUGUUUGCGCGAGACCCAGUAAACCGCUGAGUACACAGGCAUAUAUUAUCAUGGGACUGAGGACAGGACCACUAGAGAAUUCGGCCAUGCGUUUUUACUGCGUGUUCCCUUGAGAUUAUGGAAAUCGCCUUGGAAACACUACAGAUAUAUUUGUUAUAAAAUCCAAUAAUGAUAUCUUCAACAGUUUGGCUUUUUAGUGUGGUGAGAAAUGCCUUUUGAGUUCCUAUUCUAUUAGACUGGACAUUUCAUCACCAGAAAAAACCGCUUUACGGCUUUACGAAUUUAAUAUUUCUAUGUCAGAAUUUCUUGAAGACAUCGGGCCCCUUAAUCCUUCCGUAACGGUUCUGGGCCCCUUAAUCCUCCGUAACGGUUUUGACAUUCUCAGAAGUUUCAUAGUUUCGCGCACUGCAGCUAGCACUAAAUUCGCAUAUAGGAAUCUGAAAGAAGCCGGAAAAUCCGACUUUUCAUCUGUGUGGUGCGCUACUUCAGGAGCAUGGGCUGACAGCUUCUACUAGUUAAUGUUACAAGAUGAGCUAUUGUUCAGCGGGCCAACGAAUGUGACAAACGAUGUUCAAUAACGAACUUCCUACGUUUCACGCGUCGCAAAAAUGGAACCAAUGGAUUACAAUGCCCCGCUAUAAAAGAAUACAUGAGAAUUUCAUACUUACAAGUCUGUUCUGAGACAAACUGAUUACACAAAAUGUGUGCGCAUAGUAUGAAUGAAGUAACACAGAUUGACUACACAAAACGUGUGCGCAUAGUAUGGAAUGAAAUAACAAAAGCAUAACUUUUUUUUUAUUAAGCUGAUACUUUUAAAUCUAAUUUUUCGCUACCGUUGUUAAAAUACAGCAUUGUUAAAACACUCUUGAGUUCGUGUAUUAUAAAAGAUGAUCUGGAGGCUUCUUAAACUUUCUGCAGACAGUCAUCCAUAUAAAUAGACCAGGAAAUUUUCUUCGUCGAGCGUGGGAAUGAUGUGCUAUUAACCUUAAACUGAAAAAAACGUGGAAAAAAAGAGCAAAAAAAUCCGUCCAUGCAAUGCGGUUUAAACUAAGGGUAGAGGCACGCCCUUUAUUAGAUAAUAGGCAUUGUGCAAAAUCAUUGCACCCUACUUAUUGGCCGCUGUCGACCCACGAAUGACUUGCGGCUCGAUCUUUAUUUUAUUGACGAAUAAAGGCAUAUCUAAUCUAAAGAUU